AGAAUGAUACUUAUAUCUGCCUUCCUAAACAGCAACCAACGUUGAAGCUUCUGAAGUUGAAAUGCUCGCAGCCAUUCCUCUUCUCAAGUCCGCAACCCGCCGAUACACAGGCGAAACGAAGGUGCAGCAUCACUAGGCGAUUCAAUUACCCACUAGUAUUGUGAAUUAUGUGAAUAUCCUAAUUUAAACUCGAAUGCGGAAGCGCCCAAUUGCUAUAAGUACUGCUCUUCGCAUUUUUCUCGAACCUCAUUCCUGAGGUACUGGGAUUUGGCCUCACUGUAAUGUCUGAACGCGACGACCGUGCUUCAUCGCGAUCAUGGUUUGGAGCCAUUCUGGGAUUCCUCCAACAGCUGCCUCUCUCAGGCUUGUGGCAAAAUCAGGCUGGGUAUUCCGCAGAGCAGCGAGCACGAAGCAUUCUUACGGGACAAAUAGAAGGAAAGGGACCAUAUCCUACAGCAUACGGAGGGUAUUUUGAUGUGUGGAAGUGCAGCUGGAUGAGGGAUUCCGGGGCCAUCGAGGUAGCAGUUAAAUCUGUUAGGGUGCAUGGAAAUGAUUUGAACAGGGAAGGGAAGAGCAAGAGACUGGGUACAGCAAUCGAAGGAUGGCUACGAUUGGAUCACGAUAACAUCUUACCAGUUUUCGGGAUGGCACUUGGAUUUGGUCCCUUACCAGCCUUGGUAUGCCCGUGGAUGAAGAAUGGUACUCUUACACGUUACUUGGAGCAAAGCGACCAUCAGAUCACUGCCUCAACCAGAAAGGCAAGGCUCCUGGAAGUCAUUUCCGGAGUUCGUUAUCUGCAUGACCAUGGCGUUAUUCACGGAAGUCUUUCUGGGUCGAAUGUCUUCAUCGACGAUUCCGGACGAGCAUGUGUGGCCGACUUCGGAAUGGCAGCUCUACUGAUGGAGUUUUCCAGCGAGUCUCAUUUCUCUUCUUCCAUUGGAGGGGCGGUGAGAUGGAUCGGACCAGAGCUCUUCCAAGUGCCCGACAAAUCAAGCAAUUUUGUAGGAUUUCCCAGUACUCAAGGUGACGUAUAUUCCUUUGGAUGUAUCAUGCUUCAAGUCCUUUCUGGCAAAGUCCCUUAUCAUUACUUCCACCGUGAUACACAAAUUUUCUUUGCGAUAUCCACAGGGGUCAAGCCAGUGCAACCAGAUAGCUCAUGCGUCAACAAUGCUCAAUGGGGCAUUAUCCAGCAAUGCUGGUUGUCUCCCCAAGAACGUCCUACAAUGGAAAAACUCCACUCUCACCUUAUUGAACUAGAUUUCUGAGCGUCUCACUUGUUACGACCUUACGAACUUAGGUACCGUAGUCCUAAGACUGCAUGAACCGGAGAUUGACGAGCUAUAUUUCGUUACUGUAGUACUACUGGUAGGUACUCACCGCCAAACUCGGGUUCCUGGAGUUUGUAUGUUAUCGUUUGCUUUGUUCUGCUGUAUUCACCCGCAAUUCUUCAUAUCCGUCGUAUGCCCUGCCAUGUCCCAAUGGUGAGUGUGCGCAGGCCGCGUUGUCAUAUUGUCGAUGCCAGUGUCACAGGCCUCAGCACGUUGCUCAACACCAUCACCCUUCUGCAGAUUCUCAAGUGUCAAAGAUCACGACGAGCACGCAUGUUGAUGUGUCUGAUCCUCAUUGCGGGAUGACGUGAGUUCAUCUCUGAGUUUGCCGGUGGCGACGGGUUAGGGAACUUAAAUGAACACCGUACGAUCAUAUAUUUAGAACACAUGCGGCAGUUCUGAAGUCGCUGCCCGCAAAG